AUGAGCAGUAGCAGUGGGGCACGAGGCCGCCGCGGUGGCGGCACCAAAAGCGGAUCGACUGCAGUUCACGAUGAAGACACUCGAGGCCGGCACUCCUCACGUUCCAAAGAGGAGCAGGCUGGGCGCGCACCGAUUCCGCUCGAGCUGGGUGGCAUUCGCUUGGUGUACGAUGAUGGUGUUUGGACCACCGAAAAGAUGCCAGAAAACGUUUCAGAAGUGGACGUCAAGAAGCUGACGCAUGAUAACCGGCGUCUUCAAGAAGAAAACAAUCUCCUCAAGUACAAGAUUGAGGUGUUGAUUGAUAUGCUCACAGAAGCUCGGAUUGAAGCCGAGGAUAUCGAGGAGCGACUUGAUCAUGAGAGCACCAACGGACACCAUGGCAACAAUCACAGCUCACGACGGUAGACCGGUGGCAGAGCACCCCAAACCAAGGGCGCCAAGCGCCAAGGCCAUGGCAACGACCAACAGUAAAGAACCAGACGC